AGUGCACAGCUAGCUGCCGUGUACUCAAAUGCGACACGAAGUAACGACUGCAGUAAUUGGAGCAGUUGGGGUCCCUGCAUAUGGCCUGACGAUAAAAAAGCCGUGCCGUAUCUCCAACAGAUCACUCCCGUCUGUCAAAUGCACUGGUUCUACGUUUUUGUAAAGCGAUACAACACUGCGUUGAACAACUUUUACAACUAUAUGCAAUUCGUACUGCGUUCACCAAAACCAUGUGGGCUUUGUUCAUACAAACAAAGCUGUGGAUAUGGAGGCAGCAAGAAAUGCAACACCAGUCCUUUU